AUGGCCGAGGACUUCAGCGAAGGGCGCCUACAGACAUGCGUAGGCAGCCCACAGAAGGAGCUGGCCGGCACCCAGAACGCCUAUGUCUCAUAUCUGGUCACGACAAAGUCUGACUAUCAGUCCUUCCAGAAGCCCGACUUCUCCGUCCGCCGCCGCUUCACCGACUUCGUCUUCCUCUGGAAACAGCUCUCGAAAGAGUACCCACAAUGCGCCGUCCCCCCGCUGCCCGAUAAGCACAAGAUGGAGUAUGUUCGCGGAGACCGCUUCGGUCCGGACUUCACCCAGCGGCGCGCACACUCCCUGCACCGCUUCCUGAAGCGCUUAUCGUUGCACCCGGUGCUGCGAAGAGCCAUGCUGGUGAUUACGUUUCUCGAGAGCCCAGACUGGAACCAGCACAUGAAGGGGCGGGUUUCGAGAGCCGCAAGUGGGUCGGAGCCUGGCGGGGGUGGCAUUGUAGACGCAAUCGCAGAGAGCUUCGUCAACACAUUCACCAAGGUCCACAAGCCAGACAAGCGCUUCAUCGAGGUCAGCGAAAGGGCCGGCAAGCUCACAGAGGACUUGAACAACGUUGAAAAGGUCACUGUCCGCGUCGCCAGGCGGCAGGCCGAUCUCGAGCAAGACUAUGCCGACCUCGCAAUACAGUGCCAGAAGCUCACGACCCUCGAACCCACCGUGGAGAGCACGCUGACGUCUUUCGCCGCCUCCGUAACCACCACAUCACAAGGCUUCAAGUCUAUCAAGGAGCACACAGACCAGAACUACCUCACCUCUCUACGAGACAUGGACGCCUACAUCCUUGCGCUACGCAAUCUCCUACGCACACGUGAGGGUAAGCAACUCGACUUUGAAGCCCUCUCUGAAUAUCUCGCCAAAUCCGCCGCCGACCGCGACUCGCUCGCCUCCCAGCACGGCGCUGGCAUGGGCGCAUCAGGCUUCCUGCGCAGCAAAGUCGAAGACUUCCGCGGCAUCGACCACGACCAGGCACGGCGCCAGCGCGUGCGCAAACUCGAGGUUGAAAUCGAGCGGUUGACGGGAGAGGUCGAGAACAGCAAGAAGGCGACCGAGGCGUUCGAUGAGCACACGGUGAAGGAGGUCGCGGAUUUUGAGCGCAUCAAGACAGCCGAGUUCAAGGACACGCUGGGCGAUUUGGCCGAUGCGCAUGUGGACUUCUUCCAAGGCACGAUUGAGACAUGGGAGAAGUUCUUGGAGGACAUGAGGGAGGAGGAAGAUGAGAGGAAGGCAGCGACGUCAUAG